CCUCACAUUUAGCCAGCUCCAGGACAACGCGACACGGCAUACGAACUCUAGACUCCUAGAGUAUAUAUACAUGGGCGCUAUGCGCUGAGACCCCAUUCACAGUGCGCCCGUCUUGUAGCACACGAUGGCACACCAACGCCAUGCCUCCGCCGCAGAUGCGCUCAAAGCGCCGCACUCAGUGAGCCUGAAAGUCCUACGCCUCUCGCGCCCCUCCCUCGCAACACAAUACCCACUCCCCGCCUCGCAAGCCCUCGGCAUCGCGCCCACCGCCUCCCUCGCCUACCCCUCCUCCCGCACCGCCGACAAAUUCAUCCUCUCCCCCGUCCUCAACCUCCCCGAAGCCUUUGGCAGCGCCUACGUCGGCGAGAACUUCUCCUGCACGCUCUGCGCAAACAACGAAAUCGAGCCCGGCAACGCGAGCAAAGCCAUCAGCGGGGUGCGCAUCCAGGCCGACAUGCAGACGCCCUCGGUGCCCGGGGGUACGUCGCUCGAGCUCUUUGGGCACGAGAGAAGCGAGGAAGGCGAGGAUCCGAAGGGCAGCGAUGGGGACAUCAGCCCCGGCGCGAGUCUGCAGAAGAUCCUCCGCUUCGAGCUCAAAGAGGAGGGCAACCACGUCCUCGCGGUGACGGUGACGUACACGGAGACGGCGCUCGCUGGCGAGGGCCGCCCGGCCCCGACCGGCGGCAAGGUCCGCACGUUCCGCAAGCUGUACCAGUUCGUUGCGCAGCAGCUGCUCUCCGUGCGGACCAAGGCCGGCGAGGUCGCGCCUGGGCGCCACCUGCUUGAGGCGCAGCUCGAGAAUAUGGGCGAGGGCGCCGUGUCGCUGGAGGAUGUAAGCGUGAACCCUAACGAGCUGUACAAGGGCACGAGUCUGAAUUGGGAUCUUGAUGGGGAGGGGCAGGGGAAGGACAAGGUGAAGCCCGUGUUGAUGGCGAGGGAGGUUAUUCAGGUUGCGUUUUUGCUGGAGGAGAAGGGGGAGAGGGAGGGGGUUGCGGAGGGGAGGAGGGAUCAGUUGGGGGAUAACAGGAGGGUGUUGGGGCAGUUGGAGAUUAAAUGGAGGACGGCGUUGGGGGAUAGGGGGACGCUGAGUACGGGGUGGUUGACUGCGAGGCGAUGAUGGGUGCUUGCAUGUUCGUAUAACAAGAGGAGUUUGGACGAUAUUAUUAGGCUCACCAGGAUGAGUACUGGGAGGAUGACUACAGGAGAGCCCUGGCGUCCAGGAAAAAAGAUGCUCAGUAGAAUCAGGAAUCGAGUACGCUCUUGGACUCGGCGACGGGGGCUCGUCGUCAGCGAUUCGGAACUGUCAACGAGGGUUCACAGGCCCUGCCAUAAUAAAUGCAGGGUGGACUAGGGUGACUCUACAACGACGCAUCAAAAAGCGUUAGGGGCAUCCUUGCGCCCGCUGCGGCACCAACAUCGAAAAGCAGCCUCAGAGCUAGAUGGAAAAUUACGUAGAUGAAUGAAAUAUAGUCAAUGAC